GUCUGUCAGAGUCCACAGUCCUAACUCGGCCUCAGGCUGCGAUAGAUCGUAUCUUACCGCGGCUCCGAUCCCGCCACGCGGAGAGCAAGCAGUCGUUCGAUUCUCCCGCGAUCGAGAGUUUUGCGCGAGUAAUCGGCGAAUCGGGCCGAUCCUCUUUCUUUCGUCGCCGACCGGCCUCUUUCCCGCGCUCCGAUCGAUCCGAAUCUCGCGAAUAAUCCUUAGAUUAGUAUACGCGAAAAAAAGACUCGGCCCCGGGUGACUCCUGUCAUUCUUGGCUCACCGCGAAAGAGAUAUUGCUACUCUCUCCGCUUUUCCGAUCUUUCGCUGAUCAUCGCGAAAUAGCGGACGCGAGCGCGUGGAUUAUCGCGAGGAGAACGGGAUAUCGGGAUACUGUAACGGGAGAUGCCCUCGAGAUCACGGUGUUAUCGAGACAACGUCUGAGCAAACAAGUUGUACAUUAGAUCGAAAGAUGCAGGCAGCACCGCCUCUGCUGUCGCUCCUCCUGAUUCUCCUUCAUCAUUCGGGAUGGACUCACGGACUUUGCAAGCUGGAGAACAUCACGGUAGCGUGGUGCGACGUGCUGGAGGAUCUCGGGCAGAUCGAGACGUAUCAUCUGGAGACGCUGACCGCUCCGACCGCACAAGAUACUUUAAUCCCAGGUCUCUUUGACAAUCUGACUAGUCUUAGGCAUCUCGACAUGUCUGGUGGCUAUUUAAAAACGAUUGAACCAGGAAGUUUUCGAACUUUAAGUAAUUUGAGAAGUCUCGAUCUCAGCAACAACCACAUCGAGUAUCUGGAACUAGCUUCCCUGGAGGGCCUGACCGAUUUGCGAAAGCUGAAUUUGCGGAAGAAUGCUAUUCAACAACUGCCACCCGCGCUGGUGCGUUUGAAGCAUCUCAGACAUCUAGACAUCCACGAUAAUCCGCUCAAUUGCAACUGCGCUACCCUUAAAGUACGAGAUCUUCUCGUGCAGAGGAAGGUAUCUGUGUCAAAGAAGGUCGUAUGCGCAGAUCCUAGCAACUUGAAAGGCACGUCGCUGAUGAAGCCAAACGCGGCGAUUGUCUGUAGCUUGGAAGAACAGGAUCGCGAGAUGCAGAACGAUCAGGCGGUGGAAGGUUCCGGGACAUAUUCUGGAUCCGGAGAUGACAUUCUGAAUGAGUUUUAUAGCGAGGAGGAAGAGAACGAGCACAGCGUAACCAACGACAAUUUGUCGGAGAAGCCUGAGGUAGAGACACCAUCCCCAACCGAAAAGAUAAGUUCUUCGACAGGAUCUUCCGUGAUUGAACCCACCACCUCCUCGCAGGAAUCAAUCACGGUUGUUGAGGAGACUACCAGUGUUACAACGAAUUCUUUGCAACGUACCGUUGAGGACGAGGAUAUCUUCUUCGACAGCGAAGAGAGGAAGGAGCCAAUGUCCACGACGGAAAUGUCGCGAAAAAAGGAGGACUUUAAAGACGCUCUGUUUUAUCCGUCAACAGGCUCCGGCGACGGGGAUGAAGAUGGUUCCGGCGAAGGAUCCGGAAUCAUUAUGAUGACGCCUUAUAAUGAGAAAAAAAUUGAGAAGGAUAAAGCUAAUGAAGAGACAUCAUCGCCUUUCGGAACUUUAUGGGAUAUUCUUUUUGGUUCCUCGGCAACCACCGCGAUUCCAUCAGAGACCAAGGAUCCGGAUCUCGAACAAGAGGAAUUUAUAAACGCAUCAUCUACUAAGCUAGCCACUGAAGAGUCGAUUGCGUCGAGUAAAAAUCUUCCAACCGAAUCCGACAUCGAUAAAUUUUCGACCGAAACGACCGCGAUUACCAACGGUGUGGAGGUGUUGAAAUCCUCUGACAAAUCCAAAUUAGAUAAUGUCAAGGCCGAAGUGAACAGUCUGAACGACGAACAAGAUGAAGUAUCUCCGGCCAAGCAAUCCAAGAAGGGCAUGGGCUCGUACAUCGUUCUGGCGAUUCUACUUCUCGUCGUAGCGGUGCUGAUCGGUUUCGCCGCAUAUAGAGGCGAUAUAUGCAGAAAGAAGAGGAAACGAGGCGACGUGGAAAAUGGCACCGAGCUAAGGGACAUGCAAAAGUCUCUUCUCCCUGACACCGGAAAUUUGACUCAACCGAAGAUUGCCUCCAAUGGAAAUCCUGAAAACAUUCCUCUUGUGGAAGGCACUUCCAAUGACGAUGACGCGAAAAUCGAUAAAAAUGAUCAUCAUCCAAUUCAAGAAACACCGCGAUCUCUCAAUGGCACUGCCGAUCAUUUGGAUCCCGUGAAGCCGCCUCGAAAGCUGAUUGGCUCGCAGGAUGAUCAGAAAAGCGAAGAUCGGCCUCGCGUGGACGUAAAUUCCUUGAGAGAAAACUUCCUGGCUGGUAGGACGAGCCCCGCGCAGCCAUCCGAUUCAUUAGCAACGAACAAUGGGCCAAAAACGAAUAUUUCGGAGGCCAAUGGACCACCACUCAGUCCCGGGGCUCAAAGAGUGAAGAUUAUCAUGCAAGAGAAUCCCGACAGUGUGCCAAAGACGCCCAUACUCAUCACGCGAACAAUGGCCGGUGAGAAUCUAGUCAAGAAGCAAUGAAGCAGUGUUCUGAGAAGAAUCUACGUGACAUAACGAACGUUAUGUCGAUCGACCAAUGUGUUUGUCGAACGGAGAAAAAAUCGGAGAGACGAAUGUGUAGCGCGAGAGAAGAGAGAUUUUCGAUGAAUCUGUCGUGAUUUAUAAUAACAUCGUUGUUCCUAAAGCCUACAUGUAAAGGGGCCUUUUCGCGAUGGAUUUUCGUGAUAAAAAAGAUUACCAAGUCAAAAAUCAUGUUUACACAUACACCACAUACACAUAUAUACACGCCGAUACUAAGAGACACUAUUGUUUACGACAGGAAGCUGAACAUGUACGAUAAGCUAUUGAGAUAUAGGUGCGAUCUCUCUCUUGAGGCGCUUCGUGGAAUUAUCAGUUUCACGAAAUGGCUAUAUAUAUAUAUAUUUGCUAUACCAUAUAGAAUAUUUGGGAUAUCGCAUUUUUUUUUUUUUUUUAUGAUAUAUUAUUUAAAUAUUCUUUAAAAUUAAAUCUCAAACACAACUCUUUUAAGCUCAAAUAAAAAAUGUUGUUUAAAUAAAAUUUAACUAAAAUUAAAAUAAAAUUAUUUUUUUUAAAUCUAAUUAUACAUUCUUAAUAAUUAAUCGUCGAAGUUUUGCAAUUUUCAAUAUUAAAUUUAUUAACUGCCAUACAACUGUCAUUUCUUUCAAUUUUAUUGAGAAGAAACGCACGAUAUCUGACAUUUUACAUUAACAUCAUUCGUAGAAAUCCACGUUCGAGAUUACAUCACGCUAGUCAGUGUUCCUGACAGAUCUCGCGUGUCCUGCGAGCGAGGACCUCAAGUAUAUAUGUAUAUAUUCUACAGUAUAUUUGUCGUCGCGUAAAAUUGCAUUGCGAGGAUCCUUAAAUUAAUCAAAGAUCGAUAAUGUUCGCUGCAUGUCAGUGAAUCGGGAGCAUUCCAGUUCGCUGCCAUAUUUUUCUACGAAGCUUUGAAAGAUUUUACACUCUAUUGGCCUUAUGCCGUGCUUUUAAGGAACCACAGAUUAUCUGUCGAUCGGACAACGUGUACCUCGUAGUUUUAGCGCGGCAUUUUAAGUGUAGACGUUUACGCGAUUGAAUUUGUAAUUCAAUGAGAGGCGGAGUUUGUCAAUUAUGAAUAAUGACCUUCUAAUCGGCUUAUGACAGUCAGAGUGUGAAUGCUUGGUGAACGAUUCGUGUUACUACAGUUAACGUUAUGUAAGACUCGUUAUUCACGUCACAGAAAAUAUAUACGUAACAAUUCUGUUAUCAGUUAUUCCUUACAGCGGAUACGCGAUCCUCUCCCGCGAUUCCUUGGAGACCUUAGGGAAGGCCUUCCAGGAAGACAGCAAUUUGAAUUUUUAUACGCAUUAACAUAUUUAUUUGUUGUCCGCGGUGCAAAUUAAUGCGGGGAUCCACGAAAGAGACAAAUCGACUUUGCGUAUACGUACGACGGCACUCCAUGGACGUUGAUCGCGUGAUUAUCAGUUAAACGGAUGCGUCAUAUGGUUGUGCGCGGAGUGACAAAGCGCCACAAUGUGUUAUUAUAUUAUCAUAAUCGACCAUUUUAUUAUUUUAACGUACGAUUCUUUAAGCCAAAUGUGUCGAACGCUGUGUACGGCGUAUAUGAUUUAAUUUUUAAGAUAUAGCGCGCGGAUACCGUUAGAUUGAUAUUUGUCCCAACGAUAUGCGCCGUUGAAUUUAAUUAAGGGAAUAGCGAUAAAACGAACGGCUCAGUGAAGAUUGAAAGACUUUAUUUAUAUGUUCAGUCUUUGAUCAAAAUAAAAGAGUGUUAUUUUGUUGA